AAGAAAAAAGGAUUUCCUUCACAUUGACUCAACACUCAAUAAGCUAUUACCAGCUUAGACAAUGUUGCACAACCAAGUGGAUGGAUCCAAUGCAGUUGGGCAAACUGAGGCAAUUGCAGUUGAGAGCUUGCAAUCGGAUGUCAAAAUCAAGUGUCCCGGGUUGAACCUUCAGUCAUCCGAAGGCGAAACUACUUUGCCCGACCUCCCGACCACGGACUUAAUUCAACAAUUGGAAAGCAGUCGAGAUGAGUCCUUCGAAGUGGAUUGCAGCCUGCCAAGCUUACCGCUUGAUACUCUUUUGUCACCUUUUAAUAUCAUCGAACAGUUGCGUAAGCAAAGUGAGCCAUUUCAUUGUGGCUUUGGCGAACUUUCCUUUUUUGGCGGUCCAGAACCAAUUGAGUCUGAUAAUUCCAAAGAAUGCCAUAACACAAUGCCGUACUUCAUUCCGGAAUUGGAAAUGGCCUGUGCCGGUUCAGAAGUUGAGCAAAUAGAAGGAGUAACAUUAGCUGAGAAUGAGGAGCCAACUGCACCGGAAAUAAAACUACCAGAAACAGAACUUUUCAAAGAACCUAUUUUAGCAGGAAUCAAUGAAACAAAUUUGCAUCUAUUCGAAGAGCAAAAUUCCACAAAGUUAGAAGAAUUUAAAUUACCAGGGAUUGAAAAUAUAAAUUUACCUAGAAUUGAAGAAUCUACUCUGCCAGGAAUCGAAGAAAUAAAUGAAUCAAAAAAUCAGCAACCAAAUUCCCAAGAGAAACAAAUUUCUCCCGCCGAACUACAACCAAAAUCAGCUGGUUUUCUGUCUCCAAUAGCUUUACAGAUCGAAGAACUGAUUGCUCCAUUAGUCGAAAUAACCAAGCCAGAUUAUAAGUUUGGUGUAAUUAGUUCUUUGAUAGGGAACAAGUCAACUUGGUCACCUAGUGUCAGACUUUCGUUUGGCGAUAGAAUAACGAGGAGGACGAAACAACGCUCCAAGGAGAUAAUUCAACAGGAGGCCUCCAGAUCGCUUAAGGCACUCAUUUUGAGCGUAACUAUGCUCAAAAGGUUGGAGGAAUCUUUUAAUGACAAUUCCUAUAAAAACAGAUUGAACCGAUUUGAAAGGAUCAAGAGCUCGUUAAACUUCUCAAGAGUGUUUAGGCAGAACAUAUUUCAACUGACUUCGGUUGCAGAGAGCAGUAACAAAGAAAUUCAAGACAAUUCAAUGGCCUGUGGAGAACCCAUGGUGAGAAGUCCGAGCAUAGAACCAUUCCCUAUACUAUACAGAUUAGAUGCUAGUGAAGGAUUGUCAUGUAAUGGCUUGAAUGUGAGCAAGGAUUCUGUAUUCAGUGAGAUAUCCGAAAGCGACGAAUCGGAAGUACAGAAUAAGCUUUCUCUGGAAGAAAUUAGAUUAACAAAAACAAUGGCCGAUCUGGCGGACAUUACAAAAAAUGGAAGGACAAUGUUUAGCCAACCUGUGAGGCUUUUCUGUUUCAAUAAGUUGAAGGAGUGGAAACGGCAAGGUAAAGUACCAGGUUCCGUUGCCAGUCCUUACCGUUCCCCAUCCUUCUCAGGCGAGGGUCAAAUCGAGAUCUUGGAGCACCGCGGAAUGUACUACAUAAUACUCCAUGACAGGGUCACCGGUGAACUGAUCAUCUACAUGCGGGUGGACGAAAAGUGGCGCAUCGACUACAUGUCCAACAGUUCGUACAGCUGCCGCUGGACCAACAUCAAUUACGCCUCCUGCCGCAAGGGAAUCCUGGAGAGGAUCGCCUGCUCCUUCCGAGAACCCAGCCAUGCCGCCGAGUUCGUCGCCAGGGUCCGGAACAGUGCGAUCCAAUCCCGCUUCGAAUAGUGUUCUGAAUUCAACCAUUUCUGUUCUCCAGCAUUUUAGUUGAUUUCCUAGUGAAAUCCAUGAUGUUUAUUUUAUGUUUGGGGGCUUACUACAAGCUGAUGAUAAAUUUUUGUGGCAUCUUUAAAUAUAUUUUGUAAAUAUUGUG